AUGCCUGACUUAGAAUCUGAAGUGGACGCCCUAGUUUUGCGAUAUUUGAUGGAGCGUGGUAAGUAUUCUGUUUUUCGAUCACCGUAUUCAAAAUAAUUUAUUGAAUUUGAUAUGUUUUUAGGAUGUGAAAAGUCUGCUCAAGUCUUUCUAGAGGAAGCCGGAAUAAAACAGGAUUCUGACAACCAAAAAGGAGAACUGGUUUCUUUGAUUACAAAAGGUGUUAAUUCGAUGAAAAGCACCGGAGAAGAUUUUAUCACUAUACAAAUUGCACUUCACAAAAUCAAAUGUGAGCAGAAAGCUUCGAAUCAAACACAUCCCAUAGUAAGAAAAAUUGCUUAUCAACCGGAACUGUUGGUCCAAUCUUCAAAGGAUGCAAUGAGUGUGACUGUACGGUUGAAUGCUGGAAAUCCUGGCAAAACGCAUGUAUUAUUCUGUCCAAACGAUUGGUUAUUGCUCACUGGUUCCCGCUAUGGCUCUGUCGAAUUAUGGGACAUGUCAUCAAAUUCAACUCGUUUGGUAAAACAAAUGGAUCAUGAAAAUGUAAGGACAUCUUACACAUGGGAACAAAAAAAAUUGUAAAAGUGUACUUUUUUGGAUUUUCCAAAUUUUGAUUAUGUUUUGAGAAUUAGGUAGAAAUAUAUUUAAAAAAGAAACACAUUUUUCCCCAGGAUCUUAUAAAAAUGAAGUUCUUUGAAAAAAAUUGUUUCAGGAAAUAACGAGCAUUGACUGGUCACCAAAUGGUUUGAGAUUUGCAACAGGAUGUUCAAAUGGGUUGACACGUGUUUAUUCGAAAGACGGACUCCUCCAAAGCCAGGCAAAGAUUGUUGACAGUGGCAUUAAUUCAGUUCGAUGGAAUGGAAAUGCUGACUAUUUUGGUGUUUCUUUUAAAGAUGGCAGAUUUGUCAUUUUCAAUAAUGAUGGGACCAUCAAACAUCAUUUUUUCGAACAUCAAAAAGAAGCAAAACAAGUUGGUUGGCUAGAUAACAAUACAGCCGUUACAAUUGGAGCCGAUGGAAUGCUCAUAGUGUACAAAAUUGGAAAUCUUCGUCCAAUUUCAGCAAUCCAAGCAUUUGAGUCACCUAUUAAUUGCAUGUCAAUCAAUAUCGAAACAUCAGUAAUUGCAACUGGCACAGAUUACAAUUGCAUAAAACUAUGGAACUUGGCAAAAAUGCACCCUCUUGAACGUGUUGACGAAUACCGAAAGCAAGUGAAAAUGAUACGCUGGAAACCAUUUGAAACAAAUCUUUUUGUCUGGUAAUGAUGCUUGAAGGAUUUAAAGACUAAUUCAAUAUUAUGUUUUCAGCUCUUUUUAUGAUGAUCGCUCUUUGAUGGCAUAUGAUAAUGAGAGAGAAGCUACUAAAUCAUUAAAUGGACAUAGCAAUACAAUUACAUGUUUUGAAUUUUCACGAGAUGGGAAACUGAUGGCAUCUGGAUCAAAAGAUGGGACAGUGAUCAUCUGGAGUGGAGACGUGAGUAUUUUUGUCACAUUAUGGAAAGAGAAGGAAACUUAUUUUUGAUUAAAAAACUCAAAACAUGGUCAUUUUCAACAUUAUCAAACUCGAUUAAUUAUGUAUUAAUACAUUUAUUUUAUUUUUCAGGAAUCAUCAUCAAUACCAUUGAAACGAAUUGGAAGAGCUGGUGGUCCUAAAAUCACAGCCUUGAGCUGGAGUAGUGAUGGGAAUAUGAUAGCGGCGUCAAAUAGAAACGGUACAAUUAUUUCUUUCGAUGUGCAAAAUAUGAGGUAUUGA